GGUUGUGGAGUCUCCUUCUCUGGUGGCUUCCAAACCCCACCUGGAUGUGUUCCUCUGUAUCCUGCCCUGGAUAAUCCUUCUUUUUGUCAGGAGGCUUGGACUCUGCUCUCUCAAAGUCCCUUCCAAACCCGCUCACUCCAUGAACUCUUCGCUGAUGUGACGUUCUCCUUCCACCCAACCCAGGUUGCGUGACCAUGACCAACCCCCUGCCUCCUCCUGGGGGUGAAAACUGCUACUACAUCCUAACAGAAGACUGUGCCUAUGGCAGCAAGUACUUCCCAGCAGGAAACAUGUGCUUCUGCAGUGAGAGAAGUUACCUCCAAAACUUCACCGAGGACCACAGCCCCCCUGCUUGCUUCUUGAAGGUCACCGUGCUGGAUGACAGCUCCGUCGUCACCAUCAACGUGGGGACUCUGCAGCCUGUACCCCGGGAGAUGGUCUCCUUCCUCCUGGCUGUCAGCAGCCCCAAUGAACGUUUGAACUCUUUUUUGGAGAGGUUGAGUCUUGAAGCAGCUCUGGGGGCUGUCCCGGGGCAGAGGGUGAUGGUGGAGGUGGAAGGGAAACGUUUCCCCGGGAUCAUCCGCUACGUCGGGAGCCUCGGCAGAAAGGUGGCGGCAGCCGCGCUGUCACCCGUCUUCUUUGGGGUGGAGUUGCAGGGUGAGGGUGAAAACAGAGGGCGCAGCGACGGGUCGUACCAUGGCACUGAGUAUUUCAGGUGCAAACAGAACUGUGGGGUCUUCCUGCCCUUUAGCAGGCUCCAGUUUAUCCCCCUGCAGGAUAAGGAGUCUGGAAACCAGAAAGCAAAACUGGAGAUGGAAGAGGAGGUUCCUGUGAAAGUGGGAGAUGCAGUCAGCUUCUACGUGGAUGAGGUCCUCACAAAAGGAGUCGCCAUGGCAGUGUACAGGGAGGGAAACCAAUGGUUUGUUAAAGUUUGUCCAGAAGAAGAAGGAACCACUGACAUUUUCAGAGAAAUCCCUAUGGACUCAGUUGUGAAGGAAAGCUUGCAAAGUUUGUUUUCACCCUUUGAGUCCGACGUGGGCUUGGGACACCCAAACCAACUGCAGCAAGAGAUGAGUGAGAGCGCUGAGGAGUGUGAAGGUGGGAAUUCCUCCCUGGAGGUGAACUCCAUGGUCCAGAUCACUUUGGACAAGGGAAAUCAAGUUUCAGGAAUCAUCCGCUGGUUGGGAUACCUGCCCCAAAUCAAGCACAAAAUGGCAGGAGUUGAGCUGGAUGAAGAUAAAGGGGUGACUGCUGGGGAAUGGUUGGGAAAAUACUACUUCCACUGUGCUCCCAAACGUGGGCUCUUCGUGAAGCUGCAGUCCUGCCAGCCCGACGUUCGCUUCCAGCGUGUGCCUGACGGCCACCUGGGCCUCGUGGAUUAUGGAAAGCAAGAAGUUCUUCUCCAGGCUCCAGAAAGUUUUCCUCCCCUCAGGAAUGAAGCAGCAGUGCAGGUUCUGCAAGGGAGGAUGAAGGGGAUCCAAGGCCACUGUAAUUCCUGCUAUAUAGAUGUAACCCUCUUCAGCCUCUUCUCCUGUACAUCUGUGGUGGACUCCAUGCUCUUCAAGCCCUCCCCACUCUGUGACAGGAAUGUUCAGAGCAUUCUACGGGAUGAGAUUGUUAAUCCACUCAGGAAGAAUGGUUUCGUCCUGGCUAGGAGUGUGAUGCACCUCAGGGAGCAACUGACUGAAAAGGGAGAGUGUUCAAGCUUUACCAAUGCUGAGAAAGAUCCUGAGGAGUUCCUCAAUCUCAUCAUGCACCAGAUCCUGGGAAUAGAGCCACUCUUGAGACUGCAGUCAGGACGCCAGAAGGAGCAGGACUGUUACUGUUACCAGAUAUUUAUGGACAAACAGGAGGAUCUGGUGGUUCCUGAUGUGCAGCAGUUAGUGGAACGCUCGUUCCUCUCCUCUGACCUGAAGCUAGUGGAGAUCCCAUCUUGCUUCAUUAUCCAAAUGCCACGUUUUGGGAAGGAAUAUAAAAUGUUCAGCAAAAUCAUUCCUUCCUUGGAGCUGGAUAUAACGGAUCUGCUGCUUGACAGUCCCAGGGAGUGCUGCGUGUGCGGCGACGUCGCCAGCCUGGAGUGUUCCCAGUGCUUCAGAGACAAAGUGUUUGCAGCCACGGGCCUGAAGCAGUUCUGCAGCUCCUGCUCCAGACAGGUUCAUUCCCACCACUGCCGCAGAUCCCACAAUCCCACCAAGCUCCACAUCCCAGAAGAGUUCCACACCCGGAGCCCUCCUGGCAGCCAACGAGUCCCACAUGAGAAGAUGGAGCUCUUUGCAGUGCUCUGCAUUGAGACCAGUCACUAUGUCUCCUUUGUGAAAUAUGGCCCUGGGAAGGAGCACUGGAUGUUCUUUGACAGCAUGGCAGACAGGCAUGGUGAUGAAAAUGGCUUCAACAUUCCCAUGGUAACCCUGUGCCCUGAAGUUGCCAAAUACCUGGAUUUGCCCCUCUCUGUCCUGGCUCUGGAGCAACCUCGGGACAUGGAUGGAGUGGCCAAACGCCUCUUCUGUGAUGCCUACAUGUACCUGUACCAGAGCAAGAAGAUGGCACUUUACAAAUGAUUCUGUCUUGGGAUGGUGCCACAAGAGCAGCAAAGACACCAGAAACAUGAGCUUGGAUCAACUUUCCAGCUCAGAACCAGUGAAAGCAGCUGAGUCCUGGUACAACAAGCUUGCACUUCUGCUUUUUCUUAUUUUUUCCAGGGUCUGGACAUACCAACCUGCCUGGGUUUGUUAAAUCCUGUCCCUGGCUUCCUGCAGACCUGGGUUCUGAAUUAUUUACACAUUCAUUUUCAUUUCUCACCUUCCCUUUCCCCAGGCAGCUCUGCUCUACCUCAACAGAUCCAUCCCUCCAAAACAUCCCUCUCUCCCUACCAGCCCUUCCCCAAAAAGCUGAAGCCCAGCAGCUCAUCAAAACAGAAGCAUUUAUCCACAGGUUUGCCAAGAGCAGGGGAUGACCCAAGCUUCAUCCUUGCUUUGGGAGGAUGAGGUUGUGAGGUCCACAUCCUGACAUGGACCCUGAGGAGUGACAGAACCAGGAGGUACAACCUGCAGUGAUGUGCUGAGGAUGAUGGCUCUUCAUGAAGCCUGGGAUGUGACCCCACAAAGCUGGAUCCUUGAAUUGUCUGCACUUCCAAACUCUGGCACUUUCACUCACCUUAUUUUCAACCACCUUGAACUGUAAAUGCACUUUAAAAAAAUCCAGAUUUUUGCUAAAUCCUGUCCCUGGCCUGAUCAAGUGAUAGUUUGUACUUCCUGCAGACCUGGGUUCUGAAUUAUUUACACAUUCAUUUUCAUUUCUCACCUUCCCUUUCCCCAGGCAGCUCUGCUCUACCUCAACAGUUCCACCCCUCUCUCCCUACCAUCCCUUCCUCAAAAAGCUGAAGCCCAGCUGCUCAUAAAAAC